AUGGACAAGGAGCAAACGCGAGGGGAGAUAAGAGGACUACAAGUAGAGAUACGAUAUGUGGAAGUUGGAGACGCGAGAUGUCGCAUGGGGCCGUCCAGUGGCGUGCAGAUCACCAGGAUCGGAGUGCCCAGGACAGCACGCAGCGGGGACACAGUUCGACUCUCCUGCAGUUUCCGGUUGAACGGGGACGACCUGUACUCCCUCACCUGGUGGAAGGACGACCACAUGUUCUUCAACUACGUCCCCAGCAACUCCCAGCCCAAGAGCAUCUACCCGGCGCCUGGCAUCCUCGUUCAUGAGCGAGUGUCGACGCUGCACGAGGUGGUGCUGACGGUCGAUCAUCGCGCCUCUGGCAUCCUCCGAUGUGAACUUCUGGCAACCACCUUCGAGCAGGACACCAUGGAGGCGGCCAUGACAGUUAUAGAAGAACCGUCAGUCCGUCGAGAUCGGGUUCAGCGACGAAUGCGAGGACUGACAAUAAAGCGUGCCCUCUCGCUGCCAACGCCGGGUACCACAGCACUACGGACGGGCCCGAGAGAGACGGUGGUGACGUACCCGGGUGAGAGUGACGGGAGUGGACGGGUCUCCGCGUGGUCGGGCCUCCACAUGUGGCUCCACGCCCACCACUUCACCCACGGCGCCCUCGUCGUCCGCUGCACCGCCACCAUCCUCCACGUGUACCGGGUCUCCACCGAGCUCGUCAUCACCGACGGCCGCUCCCUCCACACCUCCCCGCGGGAGGGCGCCUCCACGGGCGGCGCGGAAGGGUGUCCGUCAGUAGUGUGGGUGUUGCUGCUGCUGCUGCUGCUCCUGCUGGACCUCCUGGGCACCUGAAGGGACCUGUUCCUCCCCACUUACCUUCUGUAGCGCCUGCCUCGACGGUGGAGGAGCAGCGUCACGCUCGAGAGUGGAGGUGGCUUUAUCAACGAGGCUGGAAUACAGAACAGGGCUAUAAUCAACGUGUUCCAGGGACAGAGGACGGGGCUGGAAUAGAGGACGGGGCUGGAAUAGAGGACGGGGCUGGAAUAGAGGACGGGGCUGGAAACAAUGAGGAUGCUGGGAUAGAGGACGGUGCUGGAAGCAAGGAAGUUCCUGGGAUAGAGGACGGUGCUGGAAACAAUGAGGAUGCUGGAAUAGAGGACGGGGCUGGAAUAGAGGACGGGGCUGGAAACAAUGAGGAUGCUGGGAUAGAGGACGGUGCUGGAAGCAGGUUAGAUGCUGGAAGCAAGGAAGUUCCUGGGAUAGAGGACGGUGCUGGAAGCAAGGAAGUUCCUGGGAUAGAGGACGGUGCUGGAAACAAUGAGGAUGCUGGAAUAGAGGACGGGGCUGGAAGCAGGUUAGAUGCUGGAAUAGAGGACGAUGCUGGAAGCAAGGAAGAUGCUGGAAACAAUGAGGAUGCUGGGAUAGAGGACGGGACUGGAAGCAAGGAAGAUGCUGGA